UCACACGAUGCGUCUGAGACGAUUGACGCCCGCUCAUCAGAAGCGGGGCAUGACCACCAAACCCACCACAAUGAUGCUCACAUUCUGCCUUCGCGUGGUAUUUCUCUCAACAUAGCCAGUACAAACACCACCCAUGGCCGACCUGCUGCUGUCAAGCAUAUACACCACCAACGAACUCCCUCGCGAACAACCACCGUCAAGGAAACGCUUAAUGCGCGAACACACUACGGCUCCAGCGACGAUGACGGCGCAGCUGUCCACCGAAUCAACCAAUACACCAUUAAGCAAGAGAUUGGCCGCGGUUCCUUUGGCGCAGUACACCUAGCUGUAGACCAGUUCGGCAACGAAUAUGCCGUCAAGGAGUUUUCUAAAUCACGUCUGCGCAAGCGCGCGCAAUCCAAUCUUCUCCGCCGGCCAAACCAGAAAAGACAACCCUUCCACAGAAUGUCGACUUCGGAUAAGCUCGCCCCGCAAGCCAACAACUCGCUGGGUCUGAUCAAGGAGGAGAUUGCCAUCAUGAAGAAAUUGCACCACAACAAUCUCGUUGCGCUGAUUGAGGUCUUGGACGAUCCGGAAGAAGACUCGCUAUACAUGGUUCUCGAGAUGUGUNNAAAGGGUGUCGUCAUGAAGGUCGGCAUUGACGAUAGAGCCGACCCUUAUGACGAAGAAACAUGCAGAUGCUGGUUUCGCGAUAUGAUUCUGGGCAUCGAGUANCUUACACGCUCAAGGCAUCACAUCAAACCAGACAACUGCCUUAUCAACGAGAACGACGUACUGAAAAUCGUCGACUUUGGUGUAUCAGAAAUGUUCGAGAAGGAGUCCGAUAUGACCACAGCAAAAUCGGCUGGUUCACCUGCGUUCAUGCCUCCUGAACUCUGUGUCGCCAAACACGGUCGUGUUUCUGGUCGAGCUGCCGAUCUCUGGUCCAUGGGUGUCACGCUGUAUUGUCUCAGAUACGGCAGAGUACCGUUUGAAAAGACUGGCCUGCUCGAAAUGUACCAAACAAUUCGCACUGACGAUUUUCAAAUGCCCGAAGAGCAUAAUCCAGAUUUCGUGGAUCUUAUGCGUAGGCUUCUACAAAAAGAUCCUGAGCGCAGGAUCAAGAUGGAGGAACUCAGAGUUCAUCCAUGGGUCACUAAAAACGGGGAGGAUCCUCUACUUUCCAUGGAGGAGAAUUGCGCCGACAUGAUCGACACGCCGACUGAAGAAGAAAUGAACAACGCCAUUACGGGCAAUAUGAAGCACCUUUUGGUUGUGAAACUUCUUUUCCGCAAGCGUCCAGAGCUGAUGGAUGGCUUAUUCGGCCGUGCAUCUAACAUAGUAGCGCCUCCUAGUAGCAUUGAAACGAAGUACAGACGAACACGCAGCAGCGAUGCCGAUGACAGAAAGCCAAUGGAGCAAGUUCUGACAGCAGAAGGUAUUCAUCACGAUAUCGUAGUAUCUGAUGACAUGGUCUGCAGCCCUGGAGAGAUGGACGAACCAGACUUCACCAAUCCAAUACACGACCGUGUCAAACAUACAGAACACCCAGAUACGGAGGAACAACAGGACUCGGUCGACCGCGCUUUGAAAGAAGGUCCGCACAAAGGUCAGGCUCAUGACCCCCUAUCCGAAACGACAUAUCUCGGUAUAGGAAUCGGAGGUGAAUCGUCUUCACAACACCCCUCAAACGAAUCAGAAGAAAACAGCCAAACGACACACAUAGUCUGCGAAUCGCCUGGCGCGGUAGACAGCAACAUUUUCGAACAGGCCUACCAAGAAGAAAUACAACGCAUACACUCUAGAAGAGGCCGUACGCCUACCAUCUACCUCACUCGCCGUGUCGAGCACAACAAGGAAAUUGCCGAGCAUGAGAGCGUUAUCCGUGACUCUUCGAAGUCUGCAUCUGAAGGCCCCAAGAGUAAAUGGGCUGGUCUCGCAAGUAAAGUUCGCGGUGCCGAUGUCGUGGAAGCUGCCAAAUCGGCAGCUGGAAACAAAGACCAGAAAGAGCAAGAG